CAUAAUAUAGGCUAAAGCUAAUGGCCGCCCAAGUAUAAUCGUAAAACAGCUGAUGUGCGUCGUUUGGAGUUUAUAAUUGCAGUUUAUGUUUCUUUGAUUUAAAAUUACAAUAUAAAUUAGAUGGUAGGCUACUUGUGUCACUACUUUGUGUGGAGAUCAGGAUGUCACUGACCAUACAACAAAUUAUUUUGGACGCUAAAAGACUUGCUGGCCGUCUCAAGGAGCGUGAAACAGAAGCUGAUGCUUUGUUAAACGAGACUCAAACUGCAUACCGACAGAUCUAUACAAUCAAACAGUACAAAGAGGAGGUGGAUACACUUAAUGAGGCAUCCCGAGAGAGACCACGGGGUGAACUUAUUGCCAGCAUGGAGAGGGAAUCUCGUUUGAUGAGGGAUGUGCAGAGGGAAAACGGAGAGUUACGUGCUGCACUGGAAGAUCACAGAAAAGCCCUUGAACUCAUAAUGACCAAGUAUCGACAGCACACUGAAAACCGAAUAUGGGAGUCCAGGAUAGACUUCACAGCGGCUAUUAAUGAAAAGCAGCAGGAAUUGAUUCGCCAACAGGCGGAGAGAAUUAAUGAGAUGACAAGCAUUAUGUACAAAGCAAUUAAUAUGGAUGAAAAUGAAGACUCCAGGAAAGGGGAUGAACUCUACCAAAGACUUAUCACCGAAAAUAAGGGUUUGCGGGAAAUGUUGAAUCUGUCUAGACGGUAUGGCUCGGACCGUUCGUACGGACCUCCUACGGAAGACAAGGAUGUGCAGACAGACGGGCCCCCACUAUCGGGGGCGUGACGGCUCCCUCAGGCCCCCUAGAGAAGGACGUGCAGGGCCCAUACGAGUCCCCUUCGCAUGUCUCCAUAGACUGCUGAUUUUUGUCUCUUGACUGUGGUGUACCUUUCACAUAUGUACAUAUGCCCCGGAUGUUUGGACGACAUUACUUUUCUUGUGAUGUUUAUGCUUGUGCGGAUAUUAAUAUGAGAAUGUUUUAAACUGUAUGUAUCACAUUAAAUUGUUUGUUAGAUUUGUUGAUGCUGUCAUAUAUUCAAGGUUUGUAUUUCGAACGAGCAUGUACAUUUUUUUAAAUUUUUUUAUAAUUUAGUGAUACGCGGCAGAUGUUACCUAAAUGUUUUUUUCCUUAUCAAUUAACUGUAAUUAAAUGUUUACGUGAUUACGCAUUACUCGUUGUCCUUUUCUUUUUGUGUAUAUUAUAUACAUUUUACUAUAACACGUGAUCAAUGUAUUGAUAUUAUUUCUAGCAAAAUAUAAUAAAAAUUGUGCCAUUUGAUCGUCACUAAAUUAUUAAAAAAAAAAAUCACAGUGACUUGUUCUUUCGCACAGAUUACAAAUUUUUUUUAUAACAUACGUGUCUCAUAAGCUUUUUCUCUUUAAUAAUUUGUGAAUAUCUAAUACUUAAUUCAAGCUGCUUGAAUAUAAUUUUAGUAUGAUUUUGGUCGUGAUGGGUUACAUUAUUUUAAUUUUAGUUCAUACUAUUCCUACAAUUGUAAAAGUCAUUAUAAGUCAUACUCUUACCUAUGGUUUAGUAAUUUUUAAAUAUUUUGCUUAAAGUUGUUUACUUGCAAUGUGUAUUAUGUAAAGGGAUUUGGAAGGUAAAAGUGUUUCCUCGUUUCACAAAGUAGUGGGAUAUGAUAAUAUGCGAUAUUUUUAUGCGAAGCUUUCAGUGUUAGGCGUAUGUAGGUAGUUGGGUAGAAAUUUCGUGAUCUAAUCAUGCUAAGUCAUGCAAGCAAUAUUAUACGGACUCAUCGUAUAGAGUAAAUCUAAGGGACGUUCGCACGUAAAUAAGAAAACCGUCCUUGGCUUUGGCAUCGCCUAUGAUAUCCAAAAGGUUUGUUGUGUCAAAUAUAUAAAAAGAAAUUACUUAUAUAAUUUAGAAAUAUUUUCCGAAAUAUUAAAAAAUAUUUUCAGAAAAACUUGUACUGCUUGAAUUGCAAGGUAAGCAAAAACCAGCAGCUUUCGUUGAAGUAUUUUAAGAGGUAGGAGAAAAAAAUAUUUUCUAUUGUAUCGACUUUCCUUAAAUAAACCAACAAAACUUUCAAUGUUUCAUUGUUUGUCAGAUCGUUUUAGGACGCGUUGCGUGAUAGGGCAUGGUUUAUUUGACAGUGUAGGUUUUUUAAUUCAAUAUUUUCAAUUAAUUUUUAUGUAUUUCAUCUUAGUAUUGAGAGCUAAUGCGGAAAUAAAAUAACUGACGAGAAUAAUAUAAAUUUCUCUAUAAUAAGCAAAUAUUUUAUUUAAAAAAAAAAAACUAUUUUAUUUGGAGGCACAAUUUUUUUGUAAACUGAUUAUAAUUUUAUUCGCCAUUGAAAAAGUUGUAGUAUAAUAUAUGGUAAUGUUCAUCUUUUUAUUAAUUCAUAUUUUGAAGUAAAAUGCUUUUUAAUCAUAAAAUGCUUACUUUUUAACAACUAAAUAAAUUAAUAACCCAAGUUGUUUAGUUAGUUUAAUAUGUUCUAUAAAGUGAGAUCAGAGUCAGGUAUUUAUAUAUAUUUUGUGAAUGGCAACAAGACACAAGCUGUGCUUUGUUAUUAAACAUUUAAAAAGUUAUAUAUAAUUAAUAUAACGAUUUAAUUCCGUAGAGAAAAUUAAGAUUAACAAGGAAGAUGUGCCGCCGUAUAUUAAAGCGAUAGCUUUUUUUUCUUAUAAUAUGGCCUUCAAACGCGAUACCUUUAAUCGUACAAGCUAUUGCUGACAAUAUUUUUCUUAAGUCAAUGUCAUAGAAGAUGAAAUAAGUUUUGUUUUUUUAAUAUAUUUAGACAUUACUCUAUAUCAUCUUUUAGUACGCUUGGACGUCUAUUUUUUUUUUACAUGAGAAACAUAACAUUGACGAGAUUUAUGUAAACACCACAAAGGUGGACCCUUGCGUAUAAAAUCCACAAAAUUUUUUGUGGUAAUUUUUUCUUAUUGAUUGCAUACGCGGUGUAAUUUCAUAAGUAUUAUAAUUUAUAGCUUUUUAUAGGUGGGAACUUAGACGUUUUAAUUUUAAAAAGUUCAGUCUGCAAUCGAAUAUUAAACAAUGUCUUAAUUUUAACGAAAAUUUUAUUAAUUAAUUUAAAGAAAAGUCUCAGUAAAGAAAUAAAUUUGGAUGGAAGUUUGCGUGUAGAAACGUAACAUGAAUUCUGUUACGUAAUUAAAAUAUUUCCAAUGUUGUAUCUUAUUGUUAUAUAUGCAUGUUACAGUUCAAAUAAAAUUAUAUUGUUAUAAAAAUCGAGCAUAAACUCGUUUUAUAGGUUUAGUUAGUAAAAAUAGUCAUGUGGUUAAGCACUUAUUUACAUGAUUUAUUUUGCCUUAAUUUUUCAAAGAUAAUCGAACGGAAAGGAUUUACCUCAAUCUCAAGCUGUGUGAGGUCUUUACAAAUUUAGUGUAGUGUUAAAAUUAGUAAAAACUUGUACGUAUUAUAGUAUAUGCUUAAACAUUUAAAAUAUGACAAUUAGUUUAACACAUUUUUACAUGAAAUGUUUGUUUUAAAAUAUUUAUAGUAAAGGAUUGUUUAGUGCAGUGGUCACUCCUUGGUAAUAGUAUGUAAUAUUAAAUACAGGACACAAUAAAUAGAUUAUUUAGAUACAGUUAAUUUUGUAUGUCCAAAGACCACAAAGAAAAAUAGUAUUUACUACAUUUAUACUCACUUUACAACUGGGAGUACCUUUUAGAAAAUAUUUAAGAUAGAUAAUAUGAAAUUAGUUUUCUGCUGUAGACAAAAAAAUUUAGUAGGUAGUGCUAAAUUUAAUACCAAUAAUGUAUCUUGAUAAAUAUACCAAUUAAUGACA